AUCAUCUUAUGUUGCUAACACCCAACAUUUGAAUAUUUGAUCCAAUGACACAAAUCGAAUUAUUCUCCAAUCGCAAAAUUCUUAACGGCUGUUUUGUGUACUUUUUUGUUUUCGUUCGUGAGGUUCUGAAAAUUUGAGUAAAAUCUUAUUUGAUCGUGAUGAAGAAAUGCAUCUUUUUCUACUUACUCUUUAUCAUGGGACUAGCCACUGAAAUCCACAACUCUGAGUUUGAAGAGGCUGAGGUAGACGACAUCUACAUAAUUGGGUGUGACCCAGGUUAUGUGACAAACCCUGAUAACACGUGCUCUCAGUGUACUCCAGGAACGUAUGUAACCACUGACAGUAACCAUAGUAACCGUCAGCACUGUGGGUUGUGCCCGUAUGACACCUACAGUGGCGUGGGGGCUACAGAGUGCAGUGUGUGCGGUGAGGGGCUCGGGACUUUACAAAUUGCAUCCACUUCGGCAGCUGAUUGUGUUGCGGUAUGCAGGAUACCCAAAAUGCACAAUGUUGCCCGCAUUACCCCCGGAUCACGCGUCCCUGAAGGAGGAGAUGUAGAAAUGAUUUGUUCUGAAGGAUAUUACUAUGGUAACGCUGGUAGUGCGACUAUUUCUUGCAUUAGUUCUACCAACAACUUCCCUGCUUCCUGUAGAAAAUUAUCGAUAUCGGCCAGUGCUCCGUCCGUCAAAGCAGGAACCACAGCAACCCUCACAUGUACAGUCGAGGCGAGUGAUGUUGGUAACCAUAGUAACAACCAUUUUGGUAUCUAUUGGAUACACCCCACAAAUAGUGAUACCCUUAAAUACACCACAACAACAACCAUGGCACCAAUGCCUCUAGAGGAUGGUGUUACCAUGGUGACCACUUCCACUUUGAGUAUCUCCAGGUUUAACUCAGGAGAUGCUGGCUUGCAUUCUUGCCGUGUGGUUUAUGAUGAACCUAUCCGGGACGAACACUCUGCCGAACUAUAUUUGGGCAUAGUUGAUUUAGUGAUGGCUCCUGCGGUCAAACAAUUUGUUUCUGCUGGCGAAGACUUGGAAAUCUACUGUACAAUGAACACAGAUGAACACUACGCUUACAGAUUAAUCACAUGGCAACUUAACAACGGAGAUAACAUAUACUCGGGAGUGACCACAUUUACCUCUGACUCAGUUCAUAACAGUAUACUGACCCUCUCAAACACAACGCUAACAGACUCUGGAACCUACACCUGUACAGCUAAAUACAUACAUGAUGGGUCUGAUCACGUGUCCUUUAGUGAGAGUGUGGAUGUUAUUGUGAGGGGGUUUGAGGUUCAUCCUGCCGACCAGAUAGCAGAGGUCGGAUCAGGCAUUACGAUUAGUUGUGCGGUUGUUGGCGAACAGCCAGCUGAAAUUUCAUGGACCAACUCAGGAAUAAGCACCACCUCAACCGUACACUCUGCAGUAAAGGAGCACACUAACAGGACUUGGAUAACAUCCAGCACACUUACACUCACUAACGUGGUGUCAGGUCAUAGCGGAGGUUAUGAGUGUUCAGCUGAUUUUGGAGGAGUUGCUUUGGAGAGUACUUCUGCAACACUUAUUGUUAAAGAUUUUGGUAUCGCUGAAAACCCAACAAGUAAAACGUAUCUGGCGGGUGAUGAAGCAGUACUUACCUGCACUGUAAAGAAUACAGAUGUUCCUCCUGGUACAAUCCGGUGGUACAAGCAGACAGGCGGGGACAAUGAUAUGGUCGAUGAUACGAGGGUGAACUUUGAUGGUGGCAGUCCCGUGGGAACCUCCACUUUUACUGUUAGAUCAGUUAGGAGUGAAGAUGCGGGAGAGUACUUUUGUGAAGCGGUCUAUGUUAUCUCCGAUGUGCUGGUUGUCCGGAGGAGCCUCCCCGCUCUACUUCAAAUAGGGUGUGAAGAUAGACACAAGAAUUGCAGUAAGAAGCUGGGUGGAAAGAAAAAGAUACGUAAGAAAUGUAAAAAGUCAGCUUGGAUCCGAUCCUGUCCGCUUACCUGUGGUUUCUGCAAAAUGUGACUUGUUAAUUAAGCUAUUAGUUUUACACCAAUUAUUGUUAUAUCAGGAGUUUAUCGGGAAUAGCUUAAAAUGAUAUUUUAAUUCCACUUUUGAAGCAUCGUAUAUUAUAUUUGCCAUAAUAUCUUCAUAAAUUGUAAUUCGCUUUUUAUAUAACAUAAAUUUUGGCGAUACUUUUGAUAGCUAAGUAAUUCAAUGUAAAGUAAACAGAAUAUAAAAUUUUCCUGUUUGGGUAGAAACUGUGUUUAUCUUUUAAAAUAAAGCUUCUCAAUAG